GUUCCUAUUAUAGGAGGAGCCCGGCGCGCUCCACUUUUAAUCACAUUAAGGAGGCUUUUAAUGUUCAAAUCCUCUGCUUUUUUUUCCCUCCCCUACAGUAGCCGUGCAGGAGUGGCCAAAGCCAAAAGCAGCGAUUCAGAUCAGAUUUCACCUAAACCAGUCUGGAGAGAGAGAGAGAGAGGGAGGGAGAGAGCGAGCGAGCGAGCGAGAGAGAGAGAGAGAGAGAGAGAGAGAGAGAGAGAGAGAGCAGCGCGAGGGUUUGUCAGUCUCCCUCCUCCCAAAUCCAGAAAAGCUUACCAAGGAAAAAAGGAGGAGUGUCGGAGCUGAGAGAGACGCCGAGGAAUCCAGAGGAAUUUCCGAGGAUAUUUUUUUUUUAAUUUUUUUUUUUUUAUUUCCUUUUUUUUUCCGCCUCUUGAUUAUUUCCCAUCCAAAAGUUGGAGGGGAGGCAGCGGGGACCGUGGUCAGGGAUGGACGAGCAGCCGCGGUUGAUGCACUCCCACGGGGUAGGCAUGGCCGGACACCCCGGCCUGGCGCCGCAUAUGCAGGACGGCACGGCGGGGACGGACGGAGAGGGCAGGAAGCAGGACAUCGGAGACAUAUUACAGCAAAUAAUGACCAUCACAGACCAAAGCUUGGACGAAGCACAGGCGAGGAAACACGCACUCAACUGCCACAGAAUGAAACCUGCUCUCUUCAACGUCUUGUGUGAAAUAAAGGAGAAAACAGUGCUCAGUAUCCGAGGGGCCCAGGAGGAGGAGCCCCCGGACCCCCAGCUGAUGCGGCUGGACAACAUGCUGCUGGCAGAGGGCGUGGCCGGGCCGGAGAAGGGAGGCGGGUCGGCGGCGGCCGCGGCCGCUGCGGCGGCCACCGGGGGCAUCGGCGCCGACAACUCGGCGGAGCACUCGGACUACCGGGCCAAGCUGUCGCAGAUCCGGCAGAUCUACCACACGGAGCUGGAGAAGUACGAACAGGCGUGCAAUGAGUUCACCACCCAUGUGAUGAACCUGCUGAGGGAGCAGUCUCGAACACGACCCAUCUCGCCCAAAGAGAUCGAGCGCAUGGUCAGCAUCAUCCACCGCAAGUUCAGCUCCAUCCAGAUGCAGCUGAAACAGAGCACCUGCGAGGCCGUGAUGAUCCUGCGCUCACGCUUCCUCGACGCCAGACGAAAGAGGAGGAACUUCAACAAACAGGCGACAGAGAUCCUAAACGAGUACUUUUACUCCCACCUCAGCAACCCUUAUCCCAGCGAGGAGGCCAAAGAAGAGCUGGCCAAGAAAUGUGGCAUCACAGUGUCACAGGUAUCCAACUGGUUCGGGAACAAGAGAAUCCGGUACAAGAAAAACAUCGGCAAGUUCCAAGAGGAGGCCAACAUGUACGCGGCGAGGACCGCGGUCAGUGCGACCAACGUGUCGGCUCACGGCAGCCAGGCCAACUCCCCGUCCACCCCCAACUCGGCAGGUUCUGCUGGCUCUUUUAACAUGUCAAACUCCGGAGACUUGUUCAUGAGUGUGCAGUCCCUCAAUGGGGACUCGUACCAAGGGGGGCAGGUUGGGGCCAACAUACAAUCCCAGGUGGAUACCCUUCGCCAUGUUAUCAGCCAGACCGGCGGAUACAGUGACAGCCUCGCAGCCAGCCAGAUGUACAGUCCACAGGGCAUCAACGUAAGACCUACGAACGGCGGCUGGCAGGAUGCUCCGACUCCUUCGUCAGUGACAUCGCCCACAGAAGGACCCGGAAGCGUCCAUUCAGACACUUCCAACUGAAUAUAUCCAUCUCCACACCUCAUCCUCACUGAAAAAAAAAACAAGAAAAAAAAAACAACAAAAGAGAAAAAAAAAAAAUUCCAAAAAACAUGGACUGCCGUUGCUAUUCACAGUAUUAAAACAAGGAGCUCAGUGCCCCACAGUUUGUAGAGGCGCUGCCAGAGGCCUGACAGAUUAUUUCCUCGGCUUAAUAACGUUGGACUUUUGAGA